AUGGGAAGUGCAUCAUCUCGAUGCAAAGACACCAUUCCUCCAUGGAGAAUAAAGGAAGUUGUCUAUGUUUCACAACCAGAAGGCUUUGAGAAGAAAGAAAGUGAAGUAUACCGCAAAGUAGUCAAUGGAGAGCUUCCCGUGGUUGCCGUGUACGUGGAUGAUUUUUUCGUCACUGGAACAAACAAGAAAAACAUUGACAAGUUCAAGGAGAACAUGUCAAGCAAAUUUGAGAUGAGUGAUCUAGGCACAUUGUCAUACUAUCUCGGGAUUGAGGUGUGUCAACAUGGAGGUGGAAUUACUUUAAAUCAAAGGCGCUAUGCAUCUAAGAUCCUAGAGAAUGCGGGAAUGGUCAAGUGUAAUCCGAUACAAACACCAAUGGAGCUCGACUUGAAGCUGUCGAAAGCAGAGGAUGAGAGAGAGGUUGAUGCAACAAUGUAUCAGAAGAACAUUGGGUGUUUACGAUACCUUUUACACACAAGAACGAAUCUACCUUUCAGUGUUGGAGUGCUCAGCCGCUAUAUGCAAAGCCCGAGAGCCUCACAUGGUGUUGCUAUGAAGCAAGUAUUGAGAUAUCUGCAAGGAAGCGUGGCGUAUGGACUCGUGUUCGAGCGGUCUACAAUGAAGAUAUCGAGACUCAUUGGAUAG